AUGCCGUCGAUAUCAACGAAACCAUUGACUGCUGGAGACGUUGUCUUCAAAUGCAAACCAUUACUGCAUUGCACUAUACCCUCGCAUAAGGGAAAGGUUUGUGACAAUUGUCUCAAACGAGUUGUUGGCGACAAUCACAUCAGAGUUGUCUUAGAGCUGAAGAAGUGCGCGAAAUGUCGUCAAAUGUAUUAUUGCGGAAAAGAUUGUCAGACAAUGGACUGGAAGUACCACAAGAAGGAGUGCAAAGUCUUUAGACACCAAGACUUUAAGGAAUCUAAUGAUUACCUAUUCCUUCGGCUCUAUCUGUGCAUCAAAUCUGAUCCAACGUUUGCCACCAAAAGACACCAAUUAUUUGACGGAUCGGAUGUCUGUCUCAAUGACAUGAAAGUCUCGGAUGAGUUCAUUGCAAACAUAUCAACGACCGAUAAAUGGAUGAAACAGUUGCACAUAAUUUGCAAAACCUGUGAAAGCGUUGGCAUUGAAUAUGACUUCAAAGAACUUCUUCAAUGGUUUGCAUUCGUGCUGAAGAACUCCUUUGACAUCCAUUCAUAUGUCGGCGAUAUUCCUCGACUUCUCACUUAUGUCACACUCGUGUCAACCAAACACCGCUUAUGUACUAAAAGGCGAUUCGGUGGAAGUGGGGGCCAUGAGAUCGAUAGCACCGGGAGAUGAGAUCACUAUGAGUUACGUGAGUCUGGAUGGGAAUCGUACGGAACGUCUCAAGAAUUUGAAGGAACG